AUGUCGUCGUCUUGUAUCCAAUCGUCGUCUUUUGCUAUCGGAAAACCCGAACCACAACCCACCAGCGUUCUUAAUUUUGUGGAUCCUAGCUCGUUGUCCUCUUCAGCAUCGUCACCUUCAUCCAAUGCAUCUCCUCAAAUGCUAGAAAACAAGGAACAUCCAUCCAUUGAUCGUCGCUUCAGCUAUACUGAAAUGUUGUCUGAACAUGUACCUCCUGCCACGGCUGCUACAGAUUAUACACAGCAUGAUGCCAACAGCUAUCAUCCUCAUUUGCAUCAUCCCACCAUGACCAAUUCUUCAUCACCUUCCAACAGCAGUAGCGGUGAUGAAUACCACGCAGCUGUCAGCACCCCAAACAAUACAAUGCUAGCUGAUCCCAUGAGCAUGGCUGCAGCUGCAGGCUUUGGUAACAACUUGUUCUCGCCUGUACAUCCUCUUGCUGCUGCCAGUAGCAUGGCGCCUCCAUUUCAACAUAGGCAUUCAAUUGCAAGCCCUUCUCCUUUUGGAUUUUACGAUAAUGCUCCACCAAGACAUCAUUCUUUCAGCCAUCCAAACGCCUUUCUCGAUCAACGCAAUGAUAGCCUUGUUCAAGGAUUUGCCAACUUGUGCACCACUCGGCCUGUCAUGUCUUUUGGAAAGGAUGACCAUGCUAUGCGCAUGGGUUACCCACCUCCACUUCCUCAACCCACAGCCCAUGAAGCCAACAACAACAAUAGACGCUCAUCAUCCCAAGAAGGCAAACCACAAAAGACUCCCCGUUCUCGAGGUCGUCGCGUGUCCAAUGUCCCCAGCAAUGGUGUUCGCAUGUUCACAUGCAAGGCUGAUGGCUGUGGCAAAGUCUUUAAGCGAUCAGAACAUCUCAAACGUCAUAUUCGAUCCAUUCACACUUUGGAAAAACCCUUUGAAUGUCCUUAUCAAAGUUGCAGCAAGCGUUUCUCGCGCUCAGACAAUCUCAACCAACACAUUCGCAUCCAUCGUCAUAGCACCAGCAAUGGUACCAAGGAUACUCCUAAUAUUACAGCACCAAACAAGAUCACUCCCCCUUCUACUACAAGCGUAUCAGUAUCUGCACCCACCAGCUUUCCAAGCUUCGCUCAAGCCUACAUAUGA